CUCGCAUCCUCUCAUACCCAAGCUGCGCAUCUCCUAACGGACCCCGACAAGCGCUCGCUCACCCACAAUGAGCCGCAAAAGCCAUGAUCUCCGGCCGCUCUAAUGCUCUCCCGUUGGAUCCCCCCCUGCCGGACUCCACCACCGGCGUCCUCCCCGUGCUUCCUCCAGGCGUCGAGCUUCCCGAUCGCCAGCCGCGCAAUAAUGCAGCCACAGCAGCUUCGGCGGCCGGCGUGAGAGCUCUCAGCGCGCAGCUGGUUGCUUUUUACUUUCGCGCCCCCGCCAAGUCCUUCUUCCGAACGAGAGUCGACUAUUUGGCUUAUGCCCGGACGAUACACCACCAGCAGACAAAGAGGCUAAUGCAGGCCGUUGCCGAAGACGCCUCCCCGACGAAACUGGUUGCAGCGCUGAGACAGACAUGGCUAUGGAUGCGGAGCACAACGCCUGGAGUGCUGACGUCGGCGAUCAAGCACGAGGGCUGGGGCAUUGUGCCGCAUCAGAUCAUGCCGCCGCUGAUUGCCAACAUUGGCGUCAAUGCUGUGCUGUACACGGGCUACCUGCACAUCCUGGGCCAUCUACACGAGGAGAGCUCCAAGGCUACCAAGAGGGUAUACCCGCCGCCGCCGCCGCAGGCCACUUUUGCGGCUGGGUUCCUUGCGGGUGGACUACAGAGUGUCUUGGCUGCGCCACUGGACGCAUUGCAGGCGCGGUACGACCAUCGCGAUAUGAUGCCCAACGAUGGCAGUAACCGGCCUCGAAGCAUGUGGACCUUUAGCGCCGAGAAGUUGAGAGAAAUCGGACUACGGGGAAUCUUUGCCGGAUGGGGCGUAUCGUUUGUAAAGGACAGCGUGGGAUGCGCCAUCUUUUUCAGCACAUUCGAGUACAUCAAAGCCCAGUCGUACUAUCGCUUUGUGGCAUGGUAUUACGGAGGCCUAGAAGAGAAUAUCGUCGAUCUUCUUGCGACAAAACGCCCUACAGACAAACCUACGGAUGGCGGCAUUCAGCUUAUUCGACCACACUACGCUAUUGAGCCCGCCUUCCUCCUAGCCGCUGGUAUAAGCGCCUCUUUCUCUCAGCAGCUUCUGCUCCACCCCCUCACUCACUUCCAAGUCAAACACUGGGACCAUCUGGAAGAUCUCGACGCGAAAGCAGCCCGGCUACGCGCUUCCCGUGCUGCUAAUCCAGACAAGCCUCAGCGCCGAUGGAAGAUGCUGCGCGCUUACUAUCACGCUUAUCAGGAGACUUUCGCAGCUUGUACAGCCGAGGCUUCAGCGGAAGGACUGAGUCUGGGGAAGUGGCUGUAUCGGGGAUUCUGGUGGAAUACGAUUCGGCAGGUGCCGAGUACAAGCGCCGGCUUGAUCAUCUUUGAGCUUAUCCGGCGAAAGUAUGGGUUUGGGAUGGAUGAAGUGCGGAUUACCAAGGAUGGAUACGACAUCUUGCUGCAUUAGAAGGCAAUACAAGGAUUCAUGACGCAUAUAAUGUUUUGUAUUAGAGUACAUGUAUAUAGUAUACGCUUCUCCUCCCAUUAGAUAUUGGACAUGAUAGAUCUACGGCAAAUGAAACUGCCGAUUUGACUAUAGUUGCUUGAAGGAUUAGCCAAUAGUCUGAUAAUCUGCUAUAUCAAAUACGCUCCUCUGUUGAUAGCUCUGUUGAUAGAACUAAUCCGUC